GACUUCCUGGCUGGCUAAAGUGGCGGCGGCGGUUGCAGGUCUGUGGUCCAGGGUGGGAGGCGAAGAGGAGGAGAAGGAGCAGUUGCUGCCGCCGCCAGCACCGCCGGGUUCUCGCGCUGCGCGUCGCGAGAUUUCGAAGGGAGGGCAGAAGAGUCGAAGACUCUGCAGCUCUAUCUUGCAUUGCCUCCUCCUCCCCAGCCUGCCUCACUGUAGCCAUGAAAGAGAUGAGGUAGCCGCCUUUGAGCGUGCUAGAAUCUAACUUCAGAUGGAUGCAAAAUAUAAAGACGAUGUAUUUAGGAAGUAUGUACAGUUUCAUGAAUCCAAACUGAAUACCUCUGACAAGAAGCAGCACUCGGUUAGUGAUGAGUGUCUACAAGUGACAGCUUCAACCUUACUCUGUUUUCCCAAGAUUGAUCCCUUCCACAGAUUCCGGCUGAUAAAAUUUUAUGAGAUAGUUGAAAAUUCACUUAGGUCCUUGAAAUCUUCAAGUUUGCGUUCACUCCAAAAUGCAUUUGGCGUUCUGGAAUCAGUUGGAGUUAAUCUUUUUCUGUACCCUUGGAAGAAGGAAUUCAAAAAUAUAAAGACUUACACAGGACCUUUUGUUUAUUAUGUAAAGUCUACAAUACCAGAUGAGGAUAUAAGACAGAUACUUAACUCAAUGGGAUACAUCCAAGAACUUGGAACUAUGUAUAAACUAAAAGACAUGGUUGAUACCCUGCAGGUAAAGAUGGUAUCAUUUGAACUUUUCUUGGCCAAAUUAGAGUGUGAACAAUUGAUUGAAAUACAUUUGCAAGUGAAAGAUAAAGGUUAUACAGAACUUGAUGUUGUAAAUGAAAGAAAGAACAGCAGUGAUGUCCGAGGCUGCUCAGAUGCCUUGAAGCGUCGUGCAGAAUGCAAAGAAAAUCUAAACACUUCCAUGUCACGAAUGGUACUUCAGAAAUCUGCAAGUGAGAGAGGUUGUAAAGAUUACUUCAAACCCAAAGUUAGCAAAGCUUCUAAAUCAGUGGAUGCCUAUGAUAGUUACUUGGAAAAUAAGAAGCCACCUUUGAUGACAUCCUUGAGUCUCAGAAAAGAACCCAUUUUGGUUGAUACUGAAGAUGACAUUAAAGAUGAAAUAAUUCGUCCUUCGCCAUCCCUCCUUGCCAUGUCAAGUUCUCCGCAUGGAUGUUCUGAUGAAUAUUUGCCAGUUUCAUCCCAUACCAACGGCAUAUUAAGAACGGGUAUUCCAUACAGUACUUACUAUUCCCCUCAAGAUGAUUUAGAUUUAUAUACUGACUCUGAUUCUAGAAGUAUGUUCAAGAGACAAGAACCCACUAAACAUGAUGUAUGGCUGCUAAAGAACGAUGCCAACCCGAUUUACCAUAAACGUACACAUCUAGCCAAAGAUACCACUUCCCUUAAGUGCCAAAACUGUGGAUUAUCUUGUGGCACCUCCAUUUGCCAAAAGUGCGACAACUUGCUCAUCUGCAGGCAGGAAUAUCCACCAAUGAAGCAGAGCAGCUAUUCACUCAAAACUCUUGCAAGUGAAGGCAUAUCUUCUGGGUCGGUGAUAAGGGAGAAGCCUCAGUACACGUUGCAGACUCAAGAGCGAGUGUCUCAGUACAGUUCAAAAUCGAAGCCUUCAGGCUCUUCACGCUGUGGAUUUUGCAACAGACCAGGAGCUACAAACACAUGCACUUUUUGUUCAAAAGUUUCCUGCGAUUCUUGCCUCACUGCUUACUAUUAUGAUCCCUGCUGUCGAAAAAGUGAGCUUCAUAGGUUCUUGCCAAACAAUCAGUUAAACUAUAAAUCAAACCAGCUACCACACAUGGUUUAUAGAUAGACCUUUAUUUUUAUCUUUUGGGGUUUUUUUUGGAAAUCUUAUAAUUUGGGACAAAAGGGCUAAAACACAAAACAUUCUGAUGUUGCUAGAAGUAUCCUACUGACCUCUUAGGAGAAAUAAAAAAGUAGACAUGCCCUAACAUUGGACAUAUACAUCUAACAUAGUGCCAGUCUUCAAUGAUGUGACUUUACAAAUGUUGUCUAUUCAAUAGUUGACACUGCUGCUACUGUUUUAGGUGACUCUUAGCUGCUUUUCCAUUCUAGAUGGGAGAGAGGAGCAAUUUUUUCCUUUUUUUUUUUUAGAAGCAGGCAAGCAUUGCAAUUCAUUUUUUUUCUAAAGAGACAUCACAUGUCUGUGCUUUGUGGCUGUCACACUGCCUCAUCCACAUAACACAGCACCAGAGUAGUAAUUAGAAAGAUGACCAAGAAACUAAGAACAGCAUUUUCAGUGAAUUGUGAAAUUGUCUGUUUUGGUAAUUUGCACGGAAUAUUCCUUUGUUUGCCAAAAAAGUGAUUUUUUUUAAAAGGAAAAUUAAUAGCAUUACUUAAGCUCCAAAAGGCAAAAUCACCAUGGCAUCUAUUCCUUGUGUCUCUUCUACUUUUCCUUCACCAUCUCAAGCAUAUAAAAUCAAAUUCUAAACUGAAUAUUGGCUUUAUUUUCUGGUGUUGCCAGUACACCUUUACUUGUGUGUGUGGUUGUUUUUUUUAACUGUUCUAGUAUUAAGAAGUGAAUCAGUAUGUGUUACGUUACGCCUAGAGUGUUCCCAAUGAAUUAUGAUCAGAUUGACCUUCUGUUGCACAUGUAUCAAAUCCAGUUCUUUCUACUGUAAAUAGGUGAUUUGGAAGCAGAUUAUUUUUUAAUAAAUAUAUUCAGUAUGUUGUGGUUUUUUAAAAUAUAUAUAUAUAUAAGGUCCUGUAAA